AUGGAGCAGUGGAGUGUCUGGAUUUGGAUUAAAACUGAUGUAAAAUUCUGCUUCUUCUCUGCAGGUUCUGAAAGCUUGAGGACACUGAAGCAUUUAACUGUAAGAAGAGGAGAAUCUCUCACUGUUCCUUGUUUAUAUGCACAGAAAUAUAAAUCACACCGUAAAUACUGGUGUAAGGGGGAACACUGGAUCUCGUGUAGAAUAGUAGCCUACGCCAACACAAGUAAUACAGGAAUAUCAGUCACUGAUCAUCCAUCCCAGAAUAUGUUUACUGUGGAUCUGAACAACCUCCAAGACUCUGACUCUGGAUGGUACUGGUGUGCUGUGGAAAUCGGUGGGGAUGAAACUCCAGAUGAUCGAGGUGCUGUGUAUCUGAAGGUCAGUUCAGAUCCUGCUCUGUGGGUGGAGAACAGCACUGUGAUUGGUCAGGAAGAGGGCGGAGUCAGGAUCCAGGGUUUCUACAGCUCUGGAUAUAAGAAUAAAGAAAAAAAGUGGUGCAGAUUUAAAGACUGGAGCUGCUACCCAUUCCAGAAUUCAACAGUGAAGAUCAGUGAUGAUUGGAUAGGAUCCUUCAGAGUGGAGAUGAUUGGUCUGCAGAAGAGUGAUGCUGGCUGGUACUGGUUCAGUGCAGGAGAUGUGGGAGUUACUGUUCACCUCACCGUCACUGAAAGACCUACAGACUGUACUACAACAAACACACAUUCUGGAGCUAAGGAACCAAUAGAGAUGCUGCAGUUCUGCCUCCAUCUGAACUAGUUACAACAAGGAAAUUCAACCAACCCUGAGCUCAGAAUCCAAGAUGGCAGUAUCAAACAUCAACAGGAGUAAAAGCUCCUAACUCUAGAGAGGAAAAUACCCCCCCACACACACUUUAGAAUCUCUUCCAUGUUUCACAGGCCACUAGGGGUGCUUCCAAAUGAGUCUAGCAUUGAGAUUGGGUUC